ACGUUUUAAAAAAAAAAUUACUUUUAGAAAUCUUUGAUUUUUCCUCUUCUAAAGAAGAAGAUAAAAUGAAGGAGGAACAAUCAAGAACUCUGUUUGGAAUCUCUCUGUCUGAUCGACCAACUUGGCAACAGUUUCUCAUUUGCACUUCUGGUUUCUUCUUUGGCUACCUCGUUAACGGAGUUUGCGAGGAAUAUGUUUACAAUCGUCUCCAAUUUAGCUUUGGUUGGUAUUUCACGUUUAUACAAGGAUUUGUCUACUUGUUCCUCAUCUACCUUCAAGGUUUCACCACAAAACAUAUUGUGAAUCCAAUGAGAACUUAUGUCAAACUCUCUGCCGUUCUCAUGGGAUCACAUGGUUUAACCAAAGGAUCGUUGGCUUAUCUCAACUAUCCAGCUCAAAUCAUGUUCAAAUCCACCAAGGUGUUGCCGGUGAUGAUCAUGGGAGCGUUCAUACCCGGUUUGAGAAGAAAAUACCCGGUCCAUGAAUAUAUUUCAGCCUUCUUGCUAGUUCUUGGUUUGAUCCUUUUCACAUUAGCAGACGCACAAAUGUCUCCUAAUUUCAGUAUGAUUGGGAUUUUGAUGAUCACUGGUGCGUUGAUCAUGGAUGCUUUCUUGGGUAAUCUUCAAGAAGCCAUUUUCACUAUGAAUCCCGAGACAACUCAGAUGGAGAUGCUUUUCUGCUCAACGGUUGUUGGAUUGCCCUUCUUGUUUGUUCCCAUGGUCUUAACCGGUGAGCUUUUUCGUGCGUGGACUGCUUGCUCACAGCAUCCGUACGUGUAUGGAGUGCUUGUAUUCGAAGCCAUGGCCACAUUCAUCGGCCAAGUCUCUGUUCUGUCACUCAUUGCACUCUUUGGAGCCGCUACCACCGCCUUGAUAACAACCGCGAGGAAAGGGGUUACGUUGUUACUGUCGUAUUUGAUAUUCACAAAGCCACUAACGGAGCAGCACGGAUCGGGCUUGCUGUUGAUAGUAAUGGGAAUUGUAUUGAAGAUGGUACCGAUGGAUAGUAAACCUCCGAGCAAGAUUCAGGCGAGACAAGCGGUUAGGAACGAUGGAGGUGAGGGUGAUAGAGGAGAUGAAGAAGAGAGAAAGUCAUUGGUUUAA